AAUAAAUCACCCUCUUGGCCUUUAUAUUGAGUCAUUUCAUGUUGGUGGUUCCAACUAUUCCGCUUUAGACUUAGACAGCAUGGAUUUGCCCAAUCUCAAUGAUUCACAUGAAAUGAUCAAAACGCAGAUCUUAGACUGCCUACACUUCGUGGUAGACACGACAUAGAAUUAGCGACGCAGCAACAGAACCCACACUAAUUUACCAUUUAUCCACCUGUGAUACUCUAUACUACCUACAAUGCAUUCCGUUCUCUUCGUCACCGGCAACGCCAACAAACUCGCCGAAGUCACCAGCAUCCUCGACUCCGCUCUCAUCCAGGUCCGAAAUGCCGCUCUCGACAUUCCUGAGAUCCAGGGCACGUUGGAAGAGAUUGCGAGAGACAAGUGUCGACGAGCGGCUGAAAUGGUCCAAGGCCCCGUCCUAGUCGAAGACUCUGCUCUCGAGUUCACUGCGAUGAAUGGUCUGCCUGGGCCGUAUAUAAAACACUUCUUCGAGUCGCUUGGAAACGACGGCUUGAUCAAACUGAUCGAUCCCUUCGAGGAUAGAUCCGCCGCUGCUGUAAGCACUUUUGCUUUUGCGGAAGGGCCAGGAGAAGAGCCCGCUGUGUUCCAGGGGAGACUUGAGGGUCGGAUCGUAUCUCCGCGUGGACCGACGGGGUUUGGAUGGCAGCCUAUCUUUGAAAUUGGAGGGGAGACGCUCGCUGAGAUGAGUCGGGAGAAAAAGAAUGGAAUGUCCCAUCGUUAUCAAGCGUUGUGCAAACUACAAGAGUGGCUGCAGGAAAAGGCCAAAAACUAA